GGGCGAGUCAUGCCUCGAGACCGGCUACGACAUCCUCUUCUUCUGGGUCGCCCGCAUGGUCAUGCUCGGGGCCGAGCUGACUGACCAGCUGCCGUUUGACACCGUCUACAUGCACGGGCUGACGACGGGGAACGUGAUCGACCCUCUGGACGUCAUCGGGCAGUACGGGACAGACGCGCUGAGAUAUACGCUGGUAGGAGAUGAGGACGGGGAGGGGCAGGGGCAGGGGCAGGGGCAGGGGCAGAAGCAGGGGGAAGGGGGGUUGGAGGAGCAGAAGCAGGGGGAGGGGCAGGGGGAGGGGCAGGGGCAGGAGGGAGCGGGAGGGAGCGGGAGCGGGAGCAGCAGGAGCAGGAGCAGGAGCAGAGGAGUGGAUAAGAGGGUGACUGGAGUUACACCUGGUCUUGACAUCCCGUUGGAUCCCAAGAGGAUCGAGAGUAACAGAAACUUUGCAAACAAAUUAUGGAAUUGUGCACGAUUUAUCAUGGGAAAUCUUAAGGAUAUCUCGGAGGAAGAAAGGCAGAGCAUGGCUGUGACCAAACCAAUGACACAGCUUGUCAACGAUGUUUCCAAGCAGCUCGACGAGUACGUCCUUGGACAGGCUGGCGAUCAGAUUCAAACUUUCUUGUGGGAUGAGUUUGCUGAUUGGUUCUUGGAGUCUUCGAAGGUUCGCAUCUUUGCAGCUCAGAAAUCAGAUGCGCCAGAGAUCCAGAAGGCUGCGAUGGAAGCAAGAAAGGUUCUUCUCUACGUGUUGGACAUCAAUCUCCGCCUCCUCCAUCCCUUCAUGCCCUACGUGACCGAGGCGAUCUGGCAAAGAACCCCGCAUGAAGGCUUGUCGCUGAUGACUGCUCCUUGGCCCAAGGAUGAAAACAACGAGUUGUACAUCGACAACAACGCGAUCUACAAGUACCGAGCGCUACAGGCACUAGUCGAGCCCGGUAAAAGGAUUCAGGUUCUCAUUACCGCAGACGGUCAGAUGAAGGAAGCGAUGAGCAAGGAAAAGUCUGUCAUCGCCACCCUGGUCAAGGCCGACGAGGAGUCGAUGAGGGUGGAGACGGUGGAGGAGAUGAAGAAAAUGCUGGAGGAGGAGAACAAGAAAGGACUGAGCCCCGUCCACGUUGUUGUGCAGGAUGGUCUCGAAGCAUUCCUCCCCCUGUCUGGACUCGUUGAUCUCAACAAGGAGCUUGCAAGGCUGAGCAAGCAGCAGACAACUCUUGAGAAGGUAAGAAGAGAAGAACAGGAGGAGGAAAGCCAAGGGCGAGCAGAGAUGGAGGGCGAAGUAAAGAGCGAGACAGGAGAAGGCAAGAAAGAUUAUGAGGGAAAGAAAAGGAAACGAUGA